AUGGGCGCGAGAGAUAGUGACGGUUUAGCGGGAAGGCGGGACUCAAGGCCCUCGUCGACGGUGGAAAUCCCAGAGAGACAUCGCGCCGCCGACCGAGAAAAUGAUCGCCACUCGCCGGAUUCAUCUAGGUCUUCAUCUCCUCGGUACUAUUCCGACGAUCGUCGUAGCCGUAGUCCUGAGAAGCCCUGGGUCUGUAGCUUGUCCCGAGAUGGCCGACGAUUCGACCGUAGCGAUCACAAGGAUCAUGACGCACCAUUUCUCGAUAGAGGUUUUAGGAAUGGACGUUUCUCGGACUCAGAUUCUGAUGAGGAGUUAAAGGGCUUGAGCUACGAAGAGUAUCGGCGGCUUAAACGUCAGAAAUUGAGAAAGAGUCUGAAAAACUGUAUUUGGAAUGUAACUCCUAGCCCUCCUCGGAGUGAAAGGGAGCAGUCGGAGCCACCAGAUGAAGUGAAGGAAACUGCAGAUGACAAUCAAUAUAGAGAUGGAGAUCAGGAAAAUGUCAUUGAUCGCGGUGUGCGUUCUGAACCUGAAGAAUCUCGGAGUGGUUCUUCUGAGACGGAAUCUGAUUCUGAGUCAGAUACUGACAGUUCGACAUCGAGGAGAAAGAAGGGAAGGAGAGGUAAGACUGAUAGGCGGAAAAUUAAAUCUUCAACUUCUAGGCGGCGUAGAAGUAGGAAAUCCGAUAAUGAUACGGAAUCGGAUGAGGACAUCAGUGAUACUGAGAGCUCUGACUAUUCCAGUGACGAAGGCAGUAGAGAUAGGAAGAAGUCACAAAGAAGGAAGAAUAGGCGAUGGAAAAAGAGCAGCAGGUACAGCAGUAAGAGAAGGACAAGGAGUAAGAGCAGUGAAUUUGAUGGGAGCCUGAGUGAGGAGAGUGGAAGUGAUCAUUCUUAUUCAAGCCGGUCCUCUGAUGAUCACACGAGAUCCAGGAAGAAGAGACGAGUUAAGUCGUCUUCUCGUACAAAAAGAAGCAGGGAAACGAGAAGGUCUGAAUCGAUAAGUGAGAGUUCCACCGAGAGUUCCGAUUCGGAGAAUAAGACUAAGAACAAUGCAAAAGCAGAUGACGCAAAGAAUGCUGAGAUCAAUGCUGAGGCUCGUAUGUUUAAAGAGAUGAUUGGGUCACAAAAGAAACCUGCUUUGGAUAAUGAAGCCUUUGUGGGACCUGUGCCUCUUCCAAGGGCCGAAGGGCAUAUUAGCUAUGGAGGGGCUCUGAGGCCGGGUGAAGGUGAUGCGAUUGCUCAGUAUGUGCAACAAGGGAAGCGUAUUCCUCGAAGAGGAGAAGUGGGUCUUUCAGCUGAGGAAAUCCAGAAGUUUGAGAGCCUCGGCUUUGUGAUGAGUGGUAGUAGACAUCAAAGAAUGAAUGCCAUCCGUAUCAGAAAAGAAAACCAGGUGUACAGUGCUAGGACAAGCGGGCAUUGGCAAUGUUCAACUAUGAGGAGAAGGCGAAACGUGAACACAAGGUUAUGGCUGACCUGCAGCGGUUGGUGCAACGCCAUAUUGGGCAGGAUAUUGGUCCCACGCAUGAUCCUUUUGCAGCAAAGGGCUCGGAGGGUGCCGACACGUGAUCCUCAUAUACAAUUCAUCGGGAGGAAUACAGAUGAGAUCAGGUUGCUCUCAAUCCUUGAGACCUUCUGGUACUUCUUGCUGCAGGCUUUAAAGGGCUUCUGUUUGUACAGAUGACUUGGUGGUGCCUCUCUCUCCCUCUCUCUCUCUGUCACAUACACAGACAAGUAUCAGUUCAGAUCUUGAUUACUGAAAUAUGCACUAUCAUGUCUGUUAGCCAUGAGUUAUCCACUGGAGAAUUGAACUCUAGGAAGAUACCCUAAUCAAGUUCCAUCCGAUCUUCUUAAUCUUUUUCCCUCUGCACACUAUAAGAAACUUGCAUUCUGCCCAAUCUCACUGUUCGGGUAUUGCAAUAUGUAUUUGUGGUCUCAUCAAGUUGUAGUCUCCAAGUUUCCAACUAUUGGAUGGCUAUGAGAAGAAAGAUAUGAAUAAAGAACGGUCCUGGUGGAGGCAUUUGAUUCAAAUUGUGUGAAUCAGCAUCACCUACACUGUAAGCUCUCUCCAUGAUAUGAUCAAUAUUUUAGUUACCUUUAUCUACUUUGGAAGAUGAUCAAAUUAGCGGCCUAGAUUUCAUUCUCUGUUGUCUCAACAUAUGAUGCCCAUGUAGAGCAUACAAUGAUGUUGACUGUUGAGCAGGAAAAUGACUUGUCUAUGUCUACGAUCAAAUACCGUUGCUUGAUCAGUUUGGCCUUUUCAAGACCGGCAGCGGCGUAGUUUUAUCUAAACAUUCAUCGAUUCACCAUUGUGAAGAUUUUAUCAGGUUUUCAAUUGGCUGGGUUUUUAUACCGUCAGGAUUCUCAAAAUCUAUCGGGAUAUCAUCAGAAAAAAGUUUGCUGAAGAAGUCCACACGGUCGUGAAUCCACCAUUGGCUCGUAAAGUCUCUGUCUCUUAAUUUCUUUUCCUUGAGCCCAAUAAAACAUGGACAUGUUUUCCAUUCAUUUUCUUGCAGCCAUAUAGGGAUGCAUCGAGGAAACAACAGGAUGCAGAGGAAAGGUAGAAUAACCAAGACAUGCAUGGAUAUGUUAGGAAAACCCAUAGAAAUCUUUUAAAAACAUCAAUAACACAAAUUUUAAAAGUAAAUCGUCUAAAAAAAUAUGGUAUUAAGUAUCAACAUAUAAGAACCACAUUUUAAUAGCAUGUUCGAAAUAAUACGUUGGAACCAAAAUACUAAACAUAUACUGAUUGUAAUUUACAUUUUCCAGAAUUAUUUGAGAUUAUUUAUAUAAAAUGCUUACACAAAUCCGAACAAAAUUAAAUAAAUAUAUUGAAUGGUAAAUAAAGAUAUUACAAAUUUUGGAAUUUGUAAGAUAGUUAAUUCUUUCACAUUUACAAGUAUCAAUAUAUUUUAGAGUAAACUACAAAAAUCUCUCCUGAAAUUUCUCACAAUCAUAAAAACCUCCCUUGUAGUUUCACUUUAGCAAACACCUCUACAUUUUUAAAGAAUUUGACAAAAACAUCCCUUCCGUUAAUGACCAAGACCGAAAACGUUAAAUCGCUUAAUCAUUUUUUUAAAUACUUAUUUUACCCCUAAUAGCAUGUUAUCCCCUUUUCCUCUCCCAUCGAUCUCUUUCUUCAACUGACCAUACCUUCGAAACUCCAUUUGUAGUCCACUUUCAAUAUCCAAGGUUAAUGUCUGAACUUGACAUCCAGAUUCUUGCAGCCUUUUAUCCCUUUAUAGAGGCAAAUGCUGAGGACUCAGGCACUGGGACAAAGGAGUAUGUGCAUGUGCAUAUACAACAAAGAAAUGGUCGGAAAAUCCUAACAAUGCAAGGUUUUAGGAAGGAAUUCAGUUACUUCAAAAUACUCAAGGAUUUGAAGAAGGAAUUUUGUUGCAAUUGUACCAUUGUCCAAGACCCAAAGCUAGGCCAAGUUUUUCAACUACAAGGCGAUCAAUAAAAGAAUGUGUCGACAUUCCUCGUUCAAGCUAGAAUUGUGAAGAAGGAACAUAUCAAGAUUCAUGGUUUUUUAGCAGCAACAGACCAGUCCCUGCAUUAUCAUACUUUACACAUGUCAGCAAAGAACUCCACUGUCCGAAGAGGAGGGACGCAACAUUGAUUUCACCAAUCCAAACCCAUUAUUUAUCUCUCUUUUCUUCUCCUCCUUUGUCACUGUCCCUGCAUGGCAUUGAACUGCCCCCAUAGCUCGAAUCUUCACUGCGAAUACAACACCACCGUUGGAACCACGGUGGUCACCAUUCCCAACCAAGCAUCGUCUAAAAAAGAAGAAAGGCUGUCAAGUUUGCACUCAGAUCGAUGGUGACGACUGUUGGUUAGAUUCAAACACCAAACGGAGAGAGAGAAAGAGAGAGGUCAUGUUAUAUUAUGAGUUAUGAUUAUUCUUCAAUCUUCAUUGCAGUUUGCAGGAUAGCUGAUGGUUAACCUGCAACCUCUGCCUUUCCAAUAGCAGUGUAUAGUUCCUCAAAUCUCAAUCAAAGAUUAAUCAGAUUCCAUGUUC